UAGUGUUGCAAAACCUUCGCGCCAUUUUUCCACAUAUUUUCACCCAUUGAUUGCAUUUUGGAGUACAACAAAAAACUCUUGUGAUUUCGCCGAGCUGCUGCCAAAAUGUUGUUGAAUUUGUGCAUUAAAAAAAUGAGCAAACAACAGUAGAAGCUGCAGCAUUUACCACGCCCACAAAAAAAUGUGUCAGCUGCAACAGCAACAGCAACAUCGCCUUUUGUAUUGAGAGCUCCGCCCAGCGCCAAAUCCAAAUUGAUAUUGCAGAACAUGGAGGAAGUGCUUAACUCGGUGAAGCAGAAGCAUCGUGAGAAGCACAAAAGAAAGCGUGAAGAGAAGCGACGUGCAGCAAUGUUGGCCGAGGCCGAAGCAGCAGCGGCAACAGCAACAACAACGGUAAACGGCGGCCACGUGCAACCGCUGCGUGAGAAGACGGCGCGGGAAAAUGGAAGUGGAACGGGUAUGGGAACUGGAGCAGCACAUGGCAAACGCAAGAGCAGCACACCUAACGCGGUUGGGGAUAAACAAACGUCCAUCAUGAAACACUUUGCCAAGACUGAACAGAAAGCAACAAAAACUGCCGCCACAAACGUGUUUGAGCUGAUGAUGGGUGCGCGCCAACGCUCGUUGGGCGCCAAUGCCAACGGGCAGGCGUCGCCAACAGAGGAUGCAGUCGAAAGUGGAGCGGCUGAAACGCCGCAGUCGAAACGCAAGCAAAUGCUGCAGGAAUGGAAUGAACGCAAAGGCGGCGCCAAGCGACGCAUGGCGGACGAGGCACGUGGCGAUUACAUUGAGCAGCAGAUGGAGCAGCGCGCCAAGCGCUUGAAGAAAAUGUUGACGCAGCCGGAGCUGAGUAAACAGCAAGCAACGGAUCCUGCGCCUCAUUCAGCGCCCACAAAACGUGGUCGUGGUCGUCCACGCACGCGUCGCCCCAGCGCCGAUGUGGAUAGCAUUGUGACUGCCGCAGCUGCUGAUGUGGAAGCGGUGGAGUUCCUCAAUAAACUGUCCUCACCCACCAAGAAGCGUGACAGCUUAUUGGGCUACUUUCCCAAGGUGAUAUCACCAAAAAAUACCACUGCCGAUCAGAUUGUGAACGAGACGCCAAAGCGUAGACCGCGGAACAGCAAAAGCUUGCUGGAGACACCGCAAGUGCAGCAGGAGGAGCUCAGCACGACGCCUUCGGGACGUCCCAGACGUUCGUGUGCCUCAAAGGCGCGCUACGAUUACGACUUGGAGCCAAGUCCCACCAAAUUGAAACAGUCAACGACAACGACAAUCGAAGCACCAACAGCAGAAGAAGAAUCCAUAGAAAUCAUCGAUUUGGACAAUAGUAAUCCAGCGAUUACGCCAAAGAAAUUGGCGCCGCUUUUUGUGCGACAAUUGCCAAAACCAAGUCCAGAUCCAACAGCGUUGCGUGCACGACGUGAAUUCCUACACUCUGGAGUACCCGACAAGAUCCGGCAGGAGCAGAAUCGUCAACGCAACUACGAACAGUACUAUGAGGAAACUUACGAGAUCUUUCCACGCAUUGCACAUGUUGGCAGCGAACAGCGCGAGGAGCGAAAAGUGGCGAAGUCGAAGUUCAAACUGAGAGCUGAAGUUGUGGAAGAGUUGACAGCUCGGAAACCAAGUGUUGGUAGCAUAACCAGUUGCAGUCGUUUGGAUUUUGCGAUGGCGCCGAAACGCAAUCUUAGCUGGACACCUUUGCCAGUGGUGGACAAUAAGCGGGCGAUGGUGAAGAACUGGAAGAACCUCUUUGAUCGUUUUCCCACCUUCAAGUGUUACAAUCAAAUGCGUGAAAAGUACAAACACUUUAGCGCCUUUGAUGCGGCCCAAGACACGCAACCAAUGGGUGAAUCCUUUGUGGUCACACGACGCACUCGACGUUCCAUGGAGCAGCAGUCGUCGACGCAGAGCGAGGAGAACGUCAAGCCACCGGCGACGGCGCCCAAUGGCGAGCUGCUCUUCACCGAGAAGUACAAACCGUUGCUGUUCGAGCAGGUGCUCGUCAAUCUGACGCCCGUCCAAGAGUUGCGUGACUUUCUCGCCAAUUGGAAUGGCGCCGGCGGUGGCGGUGGUCAACGAUCUUCUCAAACUGCCGACGACUCGCUGGACUUUGGCAACGACUCCAAUUCGAUGGGCGUCAACUGCAAUACGAUGGUGCUGCUGGGUCCAUGCUCGAGUGGCAAAACGAACGCAGUCUUUGCGCUGGCCAACGACAUGAACUUCAAUGUGCUCGAGGUGAAUGCGGGCAUGCGACGCACUGGCAAGAAACUGAUGCAGGAACUGCAGGAGGCCACGCAGUCGCAUCAGAUACGCAAGGAUGCCAAAGCGGGCGCAGCGCCAACGCAACAGUUGCUCCAGAAGCUGCAGUUGAACGGACUGAAGGCGAAGCGUCAGCAGGGCAUCGAGGAUGAGGUGCGCAAAUCGUUGAUACUCAUCGAGGAUGCGGACAUACUGUUCGAGAACACCGAUGCCGGUUUCACGGAUGCGAUCUACACGCUUGCGGCGAGCUCGAAGCGACCCGUCAUCAUUGUGGCCACCGAUGAGAAUUGUGCGCAUCUGCAGCGUCUCAUGCAACAGAACACAAUCAGAUUUCAUUCGCCCAAUGCGUUGAAUAUCUCACGUUUUCUUGCCGUGCUCGCUUUGAUGGAAGACUGUCCCAUUGAGCUGGACGAACUGAUAUCGCUGUAUCUGUACAAUCAACAGAAUCUACGCAAAACUCUCAUGGAACUGCAGUUCUUCAUCCAAAGCGGCGGCGAUACGCACACCACAAAGGUGCAACAGCAGCUGCAGCAACCGGGAAAAUCGCCGAGUCGUUCGCCCAGCAAGUCCGCACGCCUCGCCACGCUCGAUGGCGUGCACAUUCAUCAAAGGCUCUACGAGUUCUACACGUGCACACAGAACGUACAGCAUUACAUACCAUUUCCCGUCAAUUUUCGCCUGUUGCGUUUGAAUCUAAACGAACUGAUGCGCAGCUCUACGCUGCUGCAGGAACUGGAGAGCGUUAAUGCACCCGCAUCGCGUGCUGGCGUCAAACGUAAGAGUCGUUCACCAAAGAAGACGUGGCUGAGCACGGCGACAACAAAGAACACCACGUCGCUGUCGACGUUGGCCAACUUUUAUGAGCACAUCUCAACGGCAGCGUUGCUGGAGCAGGAGCACGGCGGAGGCGACGGUUUGCAGCCGCAUCUGGGCGAAGAGUUGGCGCACACGCUGGUCGAGGGAGCGGUGACGUCGUGUUUGGCUGCCAAAGGUUAUGCCUACAAUCUGUUUGACAAGUCCGAGGAGCGCAUCUGUCUGGCGGAUCAACUGGGCAGCUAUUGCAUGCGCAGCUCUUCGUCGCGCGCUUUGGAUUAUGAGCCGGCAUUGCGAAGCAUUUGUCGCAGCGAAAAGCAACGUGCGGGACUCGAACGUCGCUCGAGUCGUUUCUAUCAUUAUCUACGCAAUUGUACUGUGAAUAGUGUGAGCAAUUUUGCCACCGAACUCUACGAUGCGGCAUGCGAGGUGUUGCUAGAGGAGGCAUCACCCACAACAACAACAGCUGACGAUGCAGAACAGAAAACAGCUUAAUUAGUCGAAUAUACACAUAUGUAGUGCAAAAAAAAAACCACACAAAAAAUUAUAAAUGAAAAGCGAGCUUAUUUUGGAAAAGCUUAACUGAAGUUUAUACACAAUUGCGAUACGCAAAGUUGAUCUUAUAUUCUAUUCGUAUUAGUUAAAUGACUAUGAUGGAUGAGUGUGUUAGUUAACUACUAUAUAAUUAAUUAAUUACUAAAACGACCUGAACUAUGUUAAUAAACACAAUCAUUAUUUCAGUUGUCAAAUUAA